CCCACUCGUGACCCGCAGCGUAGAAAGGCCACCGGGCGGCGGGGAAGCCCGUCGCUGUGAUGUCAAAGGCCGGGCGGCGGGGAGGCGGAUCUGAAGUGGCCCAGGACGUCCGACUCCAGCGUGCCUGAGCAAAAUGAAACAUGGAUGAGGGGAUCGCCGAAAGUUGGGAGGAAGCCGCUGACAGUGGGGAAAUGGAAAGACGGUUAGAAGAGAAGCUACGGAUCAGCCAGAAAGAAAAGGAAUCCAGUAAUAUUUCUCUACAAUCUACAUUGAAGACCGCCAUGGUGAUACAAGACGACUCCCUACCAGCAGCCCCCCCUCCUCAGAUCCGCAUUUUGAAGCGGCCUUCGAGCAACGGGUCGUUGGGAUCACCUUUGAACCGGAACAGGCCCACGCCACAGGUCAAGUCUUUGGCCCAGCGCGAGGCCGAGUAUGCCGAAGCCAGGAAAAGAAUACUAGGCAGCGCCGCCCCCGAUGAGCCGCCUCAGGACAAACCCAACACUGACCGGACAGGGCGCAAUAAUUCUACCCCGCCCUCAGAGGACCCCCGAUCAAACGGUCACACUGUCCGGCAGCCAGCCGGCCCGGACGGCACCCAAGGGUUCCGACAGCACAGAUAAGGGGGACCUGGGGCGGCCCAGCCACUGUGGGGAACGACACCAGUGGCCACCCGAGAGCAACGACCGCACUGUAUUCUCAAAAACAAAGCCUCCCUCCUUCAGUUCCGCAAUAUCGGAUGGGGUGCGAGUAGCCGCACCACUUCCCAGCUCUUCCCACCGGUCGCAUGGAGCGAGGAACUCAAGGAGGAAGGCGACCGGAUACAUGCUCUCUUCUCUCCUCUCCUCGGUCUGUUAGACACUGUGAUAAUGAACAUCUUCUGGACUCACUGUGAUGAUCCCUUUAAGAGACGGCCCUCUCCUCCAUCGGCCUCCACCUCCCAGUGCCUGGCGUGCGGCGCCACAGGGCGGCCGCAAGGCAGAAGCAAAGACUUAGAUAAAAGGCGGCAGAGCGAGGAGGUGAGGCGCCAUAGCAAAAAGAGAUGAGCUGGUAAUCGGGCAGCAGCCUCUCCCCAGUAGUAACACCCCUCGCACCUUUUUUACACACGCUUUUAAUUUUCAGAUGCUGUUUUCUUUUGUAUUUGCUUGUCUUUAGUCAUCUAAACUAAGGAUGCUCAGAUAUCCAGAUAAACAUGCUUUACAUUAUACGCACGCCGCCAAGAACCCGUUUGUCUAAGCGGCAUUCAUUUGAGAUUUUAAACCAACAGCAUCUGCAGUGUUAAUGAAAUAGGAAUCCUAUUAUUUUUCUAUGUUUGGUGGUCAACUAGUCUUAAGACUUUGUUUUGGUUGGACAGCCUGGGCUUCAGCUUGUGGGUCGCAUCUUUCUCUGUAAACUUCCCACCAAAGCAGAGUACUCAACAGGUACCUGCUCGGUAUCGGAGAACCUAUUAUGUAAAUUACCUUUUGUUUUUUAAACUGAGGCUGAAGGGUCCUUGUGCGUCAAGUUGUAUAUCUGUUUACGGUUUGUUGCUUUGCUUUUUUUUUUUAAAUGCGCUUUUCAGCUGUCUUUCUUUUGACCCUCACAUUUAUAUUUAAUACUAAAAGCAAAAAGUCAAAUGGAUAUUACGGAAGUCUAAGUAGCUUUUCUGCCUUUCUUUUUUGUAAAAUAUAGUAGCAAUGUCGGAGCAGUGUUUUUAACCGAAAUGAACCAAAAUCCCAUUUUAAAAUCAACCUGUGUAUAUAAUUUGGAUGUCAUCAUGGAAGGGGUGUUGGUAGAAACAUGAGGGUCAGCUGGGUGGACGACUAGACUGCGUUUCCUCGUGUCUCUCACUGACGUAGAGUGCGUAGGAGAACUCGGGUGAAAGUGCACUUGACAAAGAUUGUAUUUUUCCAGAGGGUUUGAUUGCUCAAAAAGCAAAUGUCCGCAUUUAGCACGACGUUCGCAAGAGCGCCAACACAUGAGUUGUAACAGACACGACGUCCACGCCCCGAGACGAAUGAGUGCCGUUUGUAUUUUUGGUCUGACUGUUGGCAGCGCGGUGUGGAACGGUUACAUCACCCCGUAUGAUUUGUUUAACUGAUGGUGCUCUGCUGACAUGGGACAUGGAGCUGUAUGUGAACCAGUAUGAGCAGGACCAUUGUGCCCAGCAGAUCUCAAUCAAGCCAUAUUCAGUGGUGCACAUCAAUAGAAAUUUGUACGAGUAUUGGAUUCAGAUCGUGCCUCCUGUAUCACUUCUUUACUUCCGGGAUGUGGAUUUUGUUACUGUAUCAGAAUUCACAACACCGUUAACAGAUUUCAGUUCAGUAAAUAGAGCAGAUGACUGAUGGAUCCAGCUGAGCUGUGAGGGAGAACAAACUGCCUGUAAAUACCAAUUUAAUAAAAGGAUUUUCAAAAAUGAAA